AUGACGCUCCGCUACGGUUCCUUUGCGACCUUUCUAAUCGUAUGCCCAAUCAGCUUCUUCCUCGGUAUCGUCUUCUCCCUCUUCCCCUACGACUAUCCAAUUCUGUGGUCCACCUCGCCCACCCUCCCCAGCCACUAUGACAGUCUCGAAACCCACCUGAGAUUCCUGCACGCCUCGCCCCCGCUGAUCCCACGCAUCCUGCACAUCGUGAUCUUCCUCGGGCUCGCGGGCCUCCUGAUGAAACUGUGGCGCGCCAGCGAAUCCAACAUGCUCUUCGACGGCGCGUCGCUGGUGCUCUACGUCUGCGGAAUCACCGUGUACGUCGCGAACAUCGUCAAGGGCCUCCGCCUGGCCUCGGGCGGUGUCUACGGCGCCGACCUCGCCUCGACCGACGAAGAACGCGAGCAGAUCCUGGGCCGCGAAGACUCCCUGAAGGUUUUGGCCGCGAGUAAUACCAUUCUGGCCCUGGUGUUGGUUGGCGUUUUGGUCUUGCAGGCUGGUCAGUGGUAUGCGGAGCGGAAGGAUGCUCAGGAGGAUGAGUCGUUUGCUGCUGGGAAGGGGAAGGGG